UAAAGAGAUUUCGGCUCGGACGUGUGCCUGUGUGGGGGUUUGGGGGGCCCGGGGGCGCCCCGGCCUUGGGCAACAGCGAUGGGGCAAGUUCGGGGUUGUGCAACCUGGCACGGGCAGCGUGCCACCACCGGGGACCCCGCGGGGUUCAGAUGCCACCGCCCCCCCACGGGGACGCGCGGGGACCCCCCCGCACCUCGUGUCCCCCCCAAAGCGGCGCCUGCUCUGCGGGUUGGGGCCGGGCGUGUCCCAAGGGGGAGCCCCGGGGCGGGUCCCCAACUUCCCGCGGGGGAUAAAAGGGACGCGGGGGUGGCCGUGGGGACAGCGAUGCCGAGCUCGUGGGUGCUGGUGCUGGCCGUGCUGGGGGGGGCCUGCGCCCUCCCCGCCCCGGCGCCCCUCGCCUACACCCAGGCGCUGGCUCAGGCCGUGGACUCGUACAACCAGCGGCCCGAGGUGCAGAACGCCUUCAGGCUGCUCAGCGCCGAGCCCGAGCCCGCCCCGGGCGUGGAGCUGAGCUCGCUGCAGGGACUCAACUUCACCAUGAUGGAGACGGACUGUGCCGCCAGCGCCCGCACCAACCCCGACGACUGCGACUUCAAGGAGAACGGGGUCAUCAAGGAGUGCUCGGGGCCGGUGCAGCUCCUGCAGAGCUCCCCCGAGAUCGACCUGCGCUGCUCCGACGCCUCCUCCGACCCGGUUCUGAUCCAGCGCGGCCGCUUCGGGCGCUUCCUGGGCAGGAUCCGGCGCUUCCGGCCCAGGGUCAAGUUCAACGUGCACGUGAGGGGCUCCGUGGGCCUGGGCUGAGCAAUAAAGGGGCCACGGGGUGGCCGU